AUGGCUACUGCAGACUACAACACUGGUGAACCGCUGCUUGGAGAGGAAAGGAAGCAGGAUCUCCAAGAGAUUCUGAACACUGUGGGAUUGGACAGUGAGUUUUGGUUGCCCAAAUUGCAGGAAUGCCUGGGUGUGACCUGUGCACAGGCCUUACUAUACUUACAAGAAAAAGACCUCCAGGUCCUGAAAUCCCAGGUGCAGGAUCCAGGGGAUAUAACAGCCCUCGAGAAGCUGUUUGAUCUGUCACACUCAAAUAUUCCCCCAGAGUUACAGGAGUCACCAGUGGAGAUGAUAAACAAAAGGCAGCAGCAAGUAGAAGAGGCACUUCAGGAGCUAAAGGACCUGUUUUUAGAAGGAAAGCAGAGGCAGGAAGAGGCAAUGAGGAGGAAACUACAUGAUAAAGACAAUACUAAAAAGGACUUGAUAGAAAACAGAGCUUUCCAAGAUUUACUGCAGCGUCUAUCCCUACAACAUUACUUCCCAAAAAAGAUGGGCAGAGCUAACUUUCAUAUGAUCUACAAGACUUCUGUCUCCAAAACCCAGCCCAGCUCUGAACAAGAGCUUCCAUUCUAUUUCCUACAGAAGCUACUGGUGCUCGAUUAUAGGUUAAGAUAUCUGGUCUUCAGAGAACAAGAAAACACAGAACAUCAGUUUUAUCUAAGCGCCUCUGAUGAGGAAAAUGAGGCUUCUGAUCCAUAUGAAGACCUUUUUGGUGAUGGUAAUAGACCAGUUACCUCUAAAUCCAGGCCUCGUAUUCACCCAAUGGAUAUCCAGAUGGCAAUUUUUCACUGUGCAGAUGAUUUUGCCAGACAAUACAUUUUGGCCAAGCUUUCUAUUUGUCAGUUUGCCCUCCCCCUUUUGGUGCCUAAUCCUUGUACUUCACAAAUUGAAUUCUCUCUCUGGUGUCUCAAACAAGUUAGGAGGAGUUGGCAGCACACAAAUAAAUCAGCAAAAGGAAAGUGCAGCUUUCAUAACCAGCAGAUGUGUCGUGUACCCACCGCCAUUGUGUCCUUCAUCAGAGUUGGAAAUGGCCUCUCUGCUUCCAAAUCUCAGAUCAUGAACUGUCUGAUCAGUAAACGAAAACAUGAUGUGUUUUUUCACCGACACUGCAAGGGAAGCAGCAAAGACUGUCUCCUGAUGGAGGGUGUGGUGGAAAUCUGCUGGUUCUGUCCUGGGGAAGAAGAUGAGGACAGGUUUGACAACUGUGUGACCUUCAGCAAUCUUCAUGGAGAUGCGAAGGAACACAAGCAGCAGCUUGCUUUCCUGCAGGAGGUAUCGUCUCUCAUUGUGGUCCUCAUGUCAGCCUCUGACGACAAUGAAGAAAAUAGUAAAAUUGUCCAUGACCUGUGGCAGUCAUCAAAGUCACCUUUGAUCUGCUUGCUUGAUGACAAAGAAAAAGACAUGGUCAAUAAUUCUGGCAGAAGAAUCAGAAUUGGCAUAAGGAAUAGAAGUGAGGCAGACUUAAUGGAAGAGAUCACUAUUGCAAUCAGACGUCUGCUAGAGCUCUCUGAUGCUGCUCUCAGCAUAGAGGACUGUUCUCACAUUGCUCGCAAGCAAGGAUUCCUUAUCGACGAAGACCAGACAGAGUGCAAGAAAGCAAAAGAAAAGGCAGAGAGCACAAUGGCUGCCCUGAAAGAAAUGAACUUACCUCACUUGAAGGAAAAUUUACUACCCCUGCAGGGAGAACUGUGGCAUCUUUGGUGCAAAAAGGACAAAGAGCUCUAUCAACUAAGACAGAAGAGGAACCGGAGCAUUGAACAACACAAAAGUGAGAUUGAGACAGAAAAACAAAUAAUAAGGGAUAAACAGUUGGUAAAAACCUUUCCUCUCAAUGACUUAAUGCGAUCUUUCACACUUUUUUUACAACACUCAGAAACCCACAUCAAACUCUAUUUUUUGCACUGGCUGAGUGUUUUCUUGGAGAGCCUCACCACAGGUCACUUGGAAAAUCUACAUGAGAAACGAAGAUCUUUGUGGUCAAAGAUACAAACAGAAAAGCAAAAGGCACAGAAGAGCAACUCCCUGGACCUCUGGCAACAUGAGAUAGAGGCCAUCUCCACAGAGAUCAGUGACUGUACCUUGGGAAUUGAUCAGCUUCUCAGAGAAGUUGGGCAGAUGUAUGAGGCUCUAGAAGAAACUUCCUGCAAAAGAGAUAUUAUUUUUCUCUCCCUUCCCCAAAUUGCUGCAGACCUGAUGCUAUCCGGCAUGCCCAUUGAGCUGAUGGAUGGGGAUGCUUCCUACGUGCCUCUAAAAUGGGUGGCAGCUGUGUUUGACAAGGUCUCUGAGAAAAUUCCAGGCAAGAGACUGUUUGUCCUUUCUGUCCUGGGCCUGCAGAGUUCAGGGAAGUCCACCCUGCUGAAUGCCCUUUUUGGGCUGCAGUUCAGUGUCAGUGCAGGCAGGUGUACCAGGGGAGCCUACAUGCAGCUCCUGAAGGUGGAGGAGACCUUCGCACAGGAACUUGGAUUUGAUUUUCUGUUGGUUGUAGAUACAAAAGGACUCCAGGCCCCAGAACCCAACAACAAAUCCCAGAAAUGGGACAAUACAUUGGCAACCUUUAUCAUUGGACUUGGAAACUUGACUCUGAUCAAUAUUUUUGGAGAGAAUCCAUCAGAGUUGCAGGAUAUUCUACAAAUAGCCGUCCAAGCCUUUCUGAGGAUGAAACAAGUGAAAAUCUCCCCAAGUUGCCUCUUUGUCCAUCAGAAUGUGAGGGAAGCUACAGCUAAAGAUCAAACCAUGGAAAGACAAAGGCAACUAGAGCAGAAACUAGAUGAAAUUGCAAGAAUCACUGCUGAGCAAGAACAGUGUUCAAAUGUAUCCUGCUUCAGUGAUGUCAUUAAGUUUGAUGUCAAUACUGAUGUCCACUACUUUGCUCACCUGUGGGAAGGCAAUCCCCCAAUGGCCCCUCCUAAUCCUCGCUAUAGUCACAAUGUCCAAGAACUGAAAAGUAGAAUUAUUUUGAUGGCUAAACAGGAGUCAAGGGGAAAUAUUAUGAAGAUAUCAGAUGUAAAAUGUCGAGUUGAAGAUUUAUGGAGAGCCCUGGUCAGUGAGAACUUCAUUUUCAGUUUCAGAAAUACCCAAGAGGUCAUGGCCAUGAGCAAACUAGAAACCAUGUAUAAGCAGUGGUCCUGGCAGCUGAGGAGUCAUGUGUUACACUUGGAGAAUCAGCUGAACAAUCAGAUUCAGAAUGGAAAAAUUCAGACGCUGGAGAGAAGUUCACUUGAAGAUCCAAUUACGAAAGAAUAUGAAACCAUUAAGGAAGGUCUUGUGAAAUAUUUUCAUGAAGGCCAAGAAAGUGAAAUACUGACUCAAUGGAAAGAAAAUUUUGAAAAUAAGUUACUAGUCCUUAAAGACACACUUAUGUCAGAUGCCAAAAUGGAAGCUAAUAGAUGUAUUGAUAUUAAGAAAAGUCAAGAAAGGCUCAAUGAGAAAAAGAUGGUUUAUGAAAAUGAAAUAUUGAAGAGGAGCCGAGAGUUGGCUUUAACUAUAAAAGUUAAAGAAUUGAGUGAGGAGGAGCUACAGAAGAAAUUCAACCAACUUUGGAGUAAGUGGGUCUGUGAUGUGUCCUCAAAUCUGCCUCCAGCAACAGAACCAAACAUUGAGGUGGAUUCUGACAACAUCCUUUUGGAACAUUUCAAAAAGGAGAAAAACUUAGCGAACAUACUAAAGACAAAUUCUGGAAAGAAAUUUGAAAUCAAUUAUGAUAAACAUGUCAAAAUAAAUAAGAACUUUGGAUUGCUCACAAAUCAGUUAGAGGCAGGUGAUAAAGAGUUAAUUCAUGUGACUACUAAUCGCAUUUUUUCAAGAUUUGAUGAAACUAUUACUAAUAUUUGGAAGCAACAUCGUGAUUACAAUGUAAAUGAUUUUCAUGAAAUUCUGAGAAUAAUAGAAGAAGUGACAUUUGCACCUACUGACAAAAAGUACUCAUUUACAAGCCAAUACAACAUGGAAUUAUCUUUGUGUUUAUUUGAAAGGGCAUCAAAAAGUUUUAAUGAAAUGCAUAGGGCAUUUGAGAGAGAAAAUGAUCCUGUCAUCUACCUGGAAAGUAAAAAAGAUGAUUUCUUCACAAGUUUCAAGAUCUCUUGUCAAGGAGCAACCUCUAUCAAAUCGUUUGUAGAUUUUCUGUGGAACAAGCUCAUUCCUGCUGUAUCUACCACCAUAUGGGAAAACAUGGCCCCUACAAUAGCUGGGGACAUGCAGGCCACCUGCCCUGCAUUCAGUGGAAACAGGGCUCAGCUGGAAAAACAUAUCCUCAUCUCUCUGGCAGAAGAAGAAAACUUUGAUAAUUAUUGGCAGUACAUUCAUGAUCCAAAGUGUUUUUUCAGUGGUUACCUUGGGAAGCAAAUUCAUAGAUAUUGUAAAGAAGAAGUAGAUAAAAAAAUAAAGACUUUUUUAAAAAUAAAUUUAGACAUCAUCAAGAAUGCCAUCCUCUGUGCUAUUCAUGAAUCCACAGCAGAAGCUAAAGAUAAAAGCAGCACUGCAUCUGAGUGGUUGGAUUUGUUCUGUGAUCACCUGGGGAACAACCUGAUCUUCCCACGAGCAGACUUGAGGUACAUUGAACACCAAGAGAUAAAAGAUAUGGAGUUUCUCAAGGAAGCCAUGAGUGAAGCACUGGAUGCUGCAAUGACAAAAGCAGAAGAAAAGCUUUUAAGUAUGCCUAUAGAUAAAAUGGUUCCUGUAAUUGAGAAAAUCCUCUCUGAACAAUUCUGUGGCUGCUGGAAACAAUGUCCCUUCUGUAAAGCAAUUUGUACCAACACCAUUCCUAACCAUGAUGGAGACCACAGUGUUCCCUUCCACCAUCCUCUGGCUAUCAGUGGAGGUUGUUGGUAUAAAACAGAUGAGUUCUCCAUUGACCGCUGUUCUACUGCAGUGGCAAGUGACACUUUAUUUGUUCUUAGUGACACCCUGAAAAUCCCAUUCAAGACCUAUCGGCAGGCAGGAGGGGACUAUGCCACUUGGAGCAUCACCCCAGAUUCAUCCUCCCAGCCAUAUUGGAAAUGGUUUGUCUUUCGCUUCAAGUCAAAGUUAGAAGAAAAAUACCAGAAAAAAUUUAAAAAUAAAGGUAAAGUCCCUGAUGCAUGGACCAUAAUCACAAAGCAAGAUGUGCUUAAUGACCUGAAAAUGUAACUCAGUUACCGCAAGAAUAUAACACUCAACACAGAAGACACCUCUGGUAUCUGAACAAAAAUGCCACUUUCUGAUACCAUACUAAAACACAUCCUCCUGAACUUCCUGCUUUUUAAAUGAAAUAUGUGAAAGCAAAUCAAAUAACAUUUUAGAGGUUGAAAAUAUCCUAUAAAAGAAAGUCUUUUCUCUCUGGGUCAGCUCCUUUUAGUUUAAAAUCAAAUUACCGUACAAUAGA